AUGCCGUUUCCCGCCGGGUGGCCUCUGGCUCGCGGCUGGCCCGCCUCAGUCGCCCUCGAGCCGUCGGCGUGGAAGGAGGCGGCGCGGUGGCUGCUGUGCAUCCCGGCCCGGGUGGCGAUGGAUUACCGCAACGACAAGGAUGCGGCGCCGAAACGGGCCUGCCCCUCUAGCCCGUCCGAAGACCAAGACCUGCGCACGCCGGAGAAGCGCGUCUCGGCGGUUCCCGGGAGGCUUCCGAGCCCCCUCCGCCCGCGGGAGUGGGACUCGGCGCAGCUGUGUGCCUUCCUUCGCGCCAGGGGCCUCGGCGACGCGGAGCAGCUGAGAAGGCUCCGAGAAAACGAUAUCACUGGUUCAUGUUUGCCUCACCUUACAGAAUCUCGUCUUGAAAAAAUUGGAUUUCGAGAGAUGAAUAUGAGACUAAAGAUUCUAGAUUGCCUACGCAAACUGGCACAAAGUGAUGCUGAUAAAAUGAAGGUAUUUAAUGAUCCUGUCCAUGGUCACAUUGAAAUGCACCCUCUGCUUGUUAAAAUAAUCGACACACCUCAGUUUCAGCGCUUACGAUACAUUAAACAGUUGGGUGGAACUUACUAUGUUUUCCCAGGAGCAUCACACAAUCGGUUUGAGCAUUCACUUGGAGUUAGCCAUCUGGCAGGCUGCUUGGUCCGGGCACUGCAAGAGCGACAACCAGAACUGGAUAUUAACCACAGAGAUAUUUUGUGUGUUCAGAUUGCUGGACUCUGUCAUGAUUUAGGUCAUGGACCAUUUUCACAUAUGUUUGAUGGAAGAUUCAUCCCACGGGCUCGUCCUGGAUUCCAAUGGAAGCAUGAAGAUGCUUCUGUUCAGAUGUUUGAACACUUGAUCUCUUCCAACAAGCUAAGGCCUGAAAUGGAAAGUUAUGGUCUAAAGCUGAAUGAAGACAUACCCUUCAUUAAAGAACAGAUAGCAGGACCUAUCGAAUCUAAAAAAGAUGACUCUUCUUGGUCUUACCAAGGGCGAACUGAAGAAAAAAGUUUUCUUUAUGAGAUAGUGGCUAACAAAAGAAGUGGCAUUGAUGUUGACAAAUGGGAUUACUUUGCCAGGGAUUGUCAUCAUCUUGGAAUUCAGAAUAAUUUUGACUAUCAGCGAUUCAUUAAAUUCGCCCGAGUUUGUGAAGUGGGGAAUAAGAAGCAUAUUUGUACUCGUGACAAGGAGGUUGGAAAUCUUUAUGACAUGUUCCACACAAGGAAUUGCCUGCACCGGAGAGCCUACCAACACAAAGUUGGCAACAUCAUUGAAACCAUGAUUACAGAGGCCUUUUUGAAAGCUGAUCCCUAUAUCAUUAUAAGGGGUUCUGAUGGGAAAGGAUAUAAGAUAUCUGAAGCAAUGGAAGAUAUGGAAGCUUACACUAAGCUAACAGAUGAGAUUUUUCUAAAUAUUCUACACUCUGAUCGACCAGAACUGGAGGCAGCACGAAACAUUUUGUGUAAAAUAGAGCGCCGUGACCUCUAUAAAUUCCUUGGACAGACUCAGCCUCCAGAGGGCAAGGAAAUUAAAAAGGAACUGUGUGAUAGCCUACCUUCUGAAAUAGUUAAAGCUAAGCCAAAAUUUACUGAAUUGAACCGUGUUGAAUUGAACGCUGAAGACUUUAUUGUUGAUGUUAUCAAUAUGGAUUAUGGAAUGAAAGAGAAAAAUCCUAUCAAUAAUGUUCGUUUCUACUGUAAGUUUGACAUUACUAAGGCGAUCCAAAUUUCUAAGGAACAAGUUUCACAGCUUCUGCCAGAAAAAUUUGCUGAACAAGUGAUCAGGGUUUAUUGUAAGAAAACCGAUGAAGACAUUAUUUAUGCUGCCAAAAAACACUUUUAUCAAUGGUGCAUAGACAAUGAUUUCAGUAAACCACAGGAUGUGGAUGUGGUUGCCCCAGAAAUGACUCCACUGAAAAAAGACUGGACUCUCAAUGAAGAUGGUGAAAAGCACAGUUCAGUGGGGACAAGUAGCUCUUUAAAGCCCAGACACAAACUUUUUAGUGACUGAAUCAACGUUAAUGCCUGUUGUAUGAUUUGAGUUUUGUUAUAUCUUUUUUUAAAUAUAAUUGCUUUGUUAUAAAAAUAAGAUGGGCAGAUUUUUUUAAUAUUAAGUUUUUUUAAAGUAUAUUUUGAAAAACUACAGACUGAAUCUGCACUGUGCCCCUGGAAAUCAGCAUUGGGAAAUGUCUUGGUAUAUACAUUUUAUCAUGCUUCAUUGCUUUCUUAAAACUAGUUAAUUAACUUUCAAGAGAUAAUUACUGCCAGCUUAAAGAAAUAAGUGUAAGUCGUUUCUAAAGCCAGUUUCAAAUACUUUUGAGAAAUCUCAUAUAUUUUUAAAAGACUGGCUUUCUAGCCUUGCCUUAUUUAAUUUUCUUAAGAUCUUUAAACUUGACUAGUUUGCUAUUGAAGCAACACUAUAUAUAUAUAUAUAAUGUUGUCAAGGAAGAUGAGGGAAAAUUUGUGCCACUUCCUUAAUUCACAGUCUUUUUUUAAGACCCUAAGCCUUUUUCUCAGAUUACGAUAGAGCUGAAUAUACAAUAAUGCAGAGUUCGCGGCUAUUUUUUUAAUAACCAAAGAAAAUGCUGACAACAACAAGUCUACUAAACAUAAAAUAAUCUAAAAGGAACAAGGACAUGUCUAAUUAUAGGAUUUUACUUCCUACAUUUCAAAGUCACUACAAUAUAUUCAGGUAUUGGAGUCCUGUUAGGGUGGAGAUCAGGUAUGGAAAGAAGCAGAUCUCAGAUAUUGGAAACUCCAGAGCCCAGUUUGGCUCAUAUUGAUGGAGUGAAAAGGGAGGAAUGGCACUUCUUUUCAGGGUUGUUUAAAAUCCCUUUCAUUGGGACCAUGUGUUAGGUUCAUGAAUCAUGGACAUCAGACUCCCAACUCCAUUUCCUUUUUUGCAAAGACUUUUUUGCAAAGAGCUUUAAAGCUGGAGGGGGAAAGGUUAUGGAGGUUUUAAUGGGAGUGGACAAUCAGUGCUCUUUCUGAGGGCCCUUCCACACAGCCCUAUAUCCCAGAUUAUCAAGGCAGAAAAUCCCACAUUAUCUGAGUGUGGACUCAGAUAACCCAAUUCAAAGCAGAUAUUGUUGGAUUUUCUGCCUUGAUAUUCUGGGAUAUAGGGCUGUGCGAAAGGGCCCUGAGAUCAGUUCUCUCAGCCCAUAGAAAAGGAUUAUUCUGAUAGCACUGGGGCUACCUCAGGUUGACAUAGAUUGUAUUCUUACUGUCUCUUAUUUCCCCAGAUAAUCUGAAUGUAUUGGUAUGGAAUAACAUAUUCCUUUAAAUCUGUGAUAAUGCACUUUAUAUUGACAAACAUGAUUUUGUAUAUGUGAAGCGCGUGCUCUUAAGUGUGAGAAUGCAGGUUUUUAUCUUUGCAGAGUUUUUUCCCCCAUUCAACUCCAGUUUAAUAUCGUCUAGUUAGCUUCAAGACAACUUUCAUCUUUAGGUCAAAUUCAGGGACAGUCUUCUAUGAGUAAAAGGGCUUUGCUCAUUCACAGAUAAAACAAAGAUUUAUGCUAUUAGGGAAGUGUGACUUACUUCCAACAUUCUAGAGAAAUGGAAAAGUCUACAUGGCAAAUCAUCAAUUCUAUAAAGCUUUACUUGGACCAGCUGAAGCUAGAAUUUCCCCUUACUGACACAUACACCACUGGGACCCAUGUACCAAGAAUUGUACAGCAUUACAUGGUCAAAGGGCAGCCCAAGGGCUUCAUAUAGCUCUCCAAGAGCCUGUUUUGGUGCCUCAUAACUCAGAGCUUUCAGUACCCCUCCAGAGCUAGGGGAAAAACCACGAGGUAUCGUUUUCCUAUUCUUGGAAGCUCCAAGAAUUGUGGUUUAGGCUUGCUUCCUUUAAGAAUGACAGAGUCUCCCACCUCCUUCCAAAAACAGAAAAGUAAAAAAUGGAAGUGAGUGAGUGGUCACUUAAAGUUUUUUUCCUCCUCCCCCUUUUUUAUGACUACUGUAGCAGCUACUGGGGCAAAAAUGGUUCACAGUUCUGCCAGAGUUGCACACUCAGGUAUCAGUUGAGCCUCACAGUUAGAGAGAAAUCUUAUUCAUACAUCCUUAGUUACAUGUUAAGUUUUCUAUGCUCCGGUUCAAAUGAAGAGGGCAAGGUGAUUACACAUACAACAAUCUGUAAAGCUGAAUUGCUAUCCCUGUUUAUGUUACAGAAACUACAUUUUGCAAUUUCAGAAUAGGAAGCCUUGUCUGUGACCCUUACAGCACAGAAAUAAAAGCUCUCUAAUGGUUGAA